UGGUGAGCAUGAAACGUGUGGUGAGCUUCAGCACGUUGAGGUGCAUCAGCAAUAUUAAACAAAACCUCCCGUCUAGAACUUCACUGUCACUUUGCUCCCGGGCGGUAUUUUUCUCUUCUUCUUGCCUGAAGUCGUCGAGUGACCUCAAAGCUAUGGACCUGAGUGACAUGAGAAAGAAAUACAAAGGCGACGAUGAGUGCUUUGAAGAGAAUCAGCUUGUUUCCCUUGACCCUAUAAAGCAGUUUGGCGAGUGGUUUGAGCAAGCUGCAAAGUGUCCUGAAAUCGGGGAGCCCAAUGCCAUGUGCAUUGCAACAGCAACCAAGGAUGGAAGGCCUUCAGCUCGUAUGGUGCUGCUGAAAGGCUUCAGCAAUGAGGGAUUCCGCUUCUUCUCUAACUAUGAAAGCCGUAAAGGUAAAGAUCUGGAGAGCAACCCACAUGCCUGCCUUGUCUUUUACUGGGAACCACUGAAUAAGCAGGUUCGCAUUGAAGGCACUGUAGAGAGAAUUCCAUAUCAGAGUUCCUGUGAGUACUUUCACUCAAGACCCAAGAGCAGUCAGGUUGGGGCAGUGGUGAGCAGACAGAGCACUGUGAUACCCGACAGAGAGUACAUAAGACAGAGGAAUGCAGAGCUGGAGGAGAAAUAUAAGGACUCGGAGGUUCCCAUGCCAGAUUACUGGGGAGGCUACAUUGUCAAGCCUGUCCUGAUUGAGUUCUGGCAGGGCCAGACCAAUAGGUUACAUGAUCGCAUUGUGUUCAAAAGGAUCAAAGAAGGAGAAUCUGAACUUGAGGAAAUGCAGCAUCGAGCAAAGGGGGACUGGGUGUACUACCGACUAGCACCCUGACCCUUAGAAAUCACCACUGGUGAUAUAGACAUCACUUACACAUAAAUUGUCAGUCAUUUGGAUGUUAAAUGGAACUGAUAAGGAUGUAAAUUGUGUAGAAAAUACCUCUGAUAAGCCAUUGUAGUAGUUUUAUCUGUGUGAAAAUUUUGGGAAAUAAGUAGUUUUACCUGUUUUACCCGAAUUGAGGAUAUCUGUAUGGUCCAUUAAAACUGGUUUUAGUAUAAAGUCUGUUUUCACAUAGGAUAAUAAUUAGAAAGAUUUCAUUGCUGCCUCAUAGACAUUCUGAGCUGUGUCAGCAAAGUGAAAGCACAUGAUUAUUGCUGUAGCUUUAUAGAUUAACAAGGUAUUUUCCAUUGUGGCUCUUUUGCAUCCUGGUAAAUUGUGUCUUUCUCACAUUUGCGUGCCUUUUAAUUGUCUUACUUUAUUCUUACUGGAAUAUGUUAUCUGUUGUGUUCAGAAUGGCUUUGGGCAGUGAGAAUAUGUGUUGUAUUGCCUUUCGAUGCAGUUAAUGUUGAAAUGCACUUUAAAAUUGUAUCAAGCUGUCAUUUUGUGAAUUUAAGAGAAAUAUAAUGCAAACAAAUGGCACAGUAAAUAUAUUUCAUUAAACAACGCCAUACGA